AUGACUGUCCUGGAUUCUUCCUACGAUGCCAAAACUCUGAGGAAACUCUGCAGAGCCAUCAUCCAGAAUACUUCUGCUCAUGGGAUUCCCAAUAUCUUCCGCUCAAGGCACUGGCUUCGUCGCCUCGUUUGGCUUUCUUUCGUCAGCCUUGCUCUGUUUUGUGCACUAUGGCAGUGCACUGAAAUGGUCAUGACAUACUACACAUAUCCCUCUCAUGAGAAGAUUAUGCUCAUCUCCAGUGCCAAGCUCAAGUUUCCAGCCGUCACCAUCUGCAACCUGAACAGUGUCAAACUAUCUGCUAUUAAACGUAGCUUUGCCAUGGCUACCUCACUGCAGGACUCUGGUCUAGAAUUAACCCAUAGGAGAAACAGAUCCCAUUCUAUGAACAUGUCCUCAGAUUACCCAGAUGAAAAUGUCCAGUAUGCUGGAGCCUUCAACAGGUUUGCAUCUGAGUUCAACCAGUUGCCUGAUGAGCAAAAGAUCAGGAUGGGUCAUCAGCUGGAGGAAAUGCUUAUCUUCUGCAACUUCCAUGGUCAGGAGUGCAACUCCAGUUUCUUUUCUGCGUUCAUCAAUUAUAAAUUUGGCAACUGUUAUACCUUUAACUCUCAGAAAGGCUCAGAUUUCAAAGGGAACCCUGUCAGUACUGAUCCGCUUAAUACCACCAAGGCUGGGUUUAUGUACGGUUUGCACCUGGAACUUUUCAUUCAACAGAUUGAGUAUGUCCGAGAUAUGACACACUCAGCCGGAAUCAGAUUACUCAUUCAUGAUCAACUACAGAUGCCAUUUCCAGAGGACGAGGGUGUGAACGUGCCGCCAGGAGCUGAGACUGACAUUGGCAUGAUGAAGGUCCACAUAGAUAGAUUAAAAACACCAUAUGGGAGCCAGUGUACUGAUGGAGAAAAUAUUAAGAAUUUUUACAAGGAUAACUAUGGGUCUGGGUAUACAAGAGAGGCAUGUAAAAGGACUUGUGCCCAGCAGAACAUUAUGGAAAACUGUGGCUGCAGCCACUGGGAAUUCGCUUAUCCCAAGGAUGUAGGAUUCCCGAAGUGUAAUCUCAGCAACAUUGUUGUCCGAGACUGUGUGAAGCUGUACGAAUUUAAGUUUGCACACGAUGAUUUGAUCUGUCACUGCCCCCUCCAGUGCAAAGAAGACAUGUAUGAACUGACGGUGUCCGGAUCCCAGUGGCCUUCAACUGCUUUCAUUGAGAACUUUGCUAAAGAGCUGAAGGAAAUUGGAGGACAGAUGAAAGAUAUUGCAGAAAAUCCUUCACUCAUAAGAGACAACUUUGUGAAGGUGGUGGUAUAUUUUAAACAACUCAAUUUUGAAUUAAUUGAAGAGGAGCCCUCCAUGACGGAAAUUACUUUAAUCUCUAAUAUGGGCGGUUUAGUGGGCCUCUGGGUGGGCUUCUCGGUCUGCACACUGGCUGAAUUCUUUGAGCUGUUCCUGGAUAUCCUGCUCUUGUUCAUCCGACGAUGUCUGAGGACGACAAACCAUGAAGGUUACAAAAACCCAUAUGUUCAGAAACAGAGCCCCAUAUACCUUCAGAAAACCACCAAAAUCUGAACGACAUUUUCUGUGACAUAUAGCUUGUUAGUACAGCAAGGCAUGAAAAGGUAGAAAAAGAUACAUCCCAGAAUUAAGUGGGUCUGUUAACUCCUUCUUUGUUGAACCUUGUCUUGAGGCUAUAUUGAUCAAUAGUGUAUCAAAAGAAUGGAGCCAUCCAAAAUGCUAUAGAAAGCUUGAAGAUAGGAAUACACAUGCAAAGUGGGUCAGGACUGGGCUCUGUAACAUUGAAAGGAACAUUCUACGGAUUUUGGGCUAGAUUACAAGUGGUGCUCUAAUGUUUGCACACAAGCAAUGUCAGAAUACCGCAGGCUUGUUAACUUGCGCACUUAUUACAAGUUGGAAGAAAAUGCAUUAGCUUAAACGCAACUGAAUUUAACGUGCAUUGGGUUAGCGUAACUGAAGACAUUGCG